GUUACACAGUCAUUUGACCGGAGUCACGUGAUGGAGGUACACUACGAUAACAUCAUGUGCAUCCCGGAACCAUAGGAGCAGCCCACAUAUUCGUUUUUAUUAAAAAACAAUUGUAUUUCUCUGGAGCUGUGGGGCGGUAGGUGGGACAGUUAUAGGCGUUAGACCAGAGGACAUCGUGCACCAACGACAAGCCGGACAGUAGCCUACUUGACCAUGUUUGCUCAGGCAGCCUUUGUAUGGCUGUGCGUCUCUCUCCUGUUGUCAAAAACCGCCGCCCGGUAUGAAGCCAACUGGGCCAGUUUGGAUGCUAGGCCGUUACCGUCGUGGUACGACGAAGCAAAAUUUGGGAUCUUUGUACACUGGGGAGUGUUCUCGGUACCAGGGUUCGGCAGCGAGUGGUUCUGGUGGCACUGGAAAGGACAUCCAACGGACCCGAAGUAUGUUGACUACAUGAAACAGAACUAUCCUCCAGAGUUCACCUAUGCCGAGUUUGCACCCCAGUUCCAAGCCCAGUUCUUUGACCCGGAGGAAUGGGCCGAUAUAUUUCAGUCUUCCGGUGCCAAGUACGUGGUUCUAACCGCCAAACAUCACGAGGGCUUCACUAACUGGCAGUCUCCAUACUCGUGGAAUUGGAAUUCCGUUGACACCGGGCCACACCGAGACCUCGUCGGUGACUUGGGAGAGGCAGUACGCAACAGGUCGUUGCACUACGGACUCUACAAUUCACUGUUUGAAUGGUUUAAUCCCCUAUACCUGGCAGACAAAGCGAACGGCUUCAAAACUCAAGACUUUGUCUUCCAUAAACUGCUGCCAGAGCUUUACAACAUGGUUGUAAGGUACCAGCCAGAGCUGAUCUGGUCUGAUGGGGACUGGGAGGCCCCUGAUUCCUACUGGAACUCCACACACUUCCUGGCCUGGCUCUACAACGACAGCCCUGUAAAGGACACCAUUGUGACUAAUGACAGGUGGGGGGCGGGCUGCUCCUGCAAACAUGGCGGCUACUAUAACUGUGCAGACAAGUACACGCCAGGAGUCCUGCCCAAUCACAAGUGGGAGAAGUGCACGUCUGUGGACACCGCCUCCUGGGGUUACCGUAGAAACAUGAAGAUGUUUGAGCUGAUGGACCUGCCUAGUAUUAUACAGGACCUGGUGACCACGGUUGCCAUGGGAGGUAACUACCUGCUGAACGUGGGCCCCACCCCAGACGGGAUGCUGCCCCCCCUGUUUGAGGAGAGGCUGAGGGGCAUGGGGGCCUGGCUGGGGGUCAACGGGGACGCCAUCUACGGCUCCCAACCCUGGAGGGUGCAGAUGGAGAACACCUCCCUGCCAAUCUGUUAUACUUCUAAAGGGACCAGUGUGUAUGCAUUUCUUCUCACCAAGCCUCCGACAGCGACCCUCAAGCUGUCUGCACCCCUGACAAGCGAGACCACCACAGUGACCCUGCAGGGCCAGGGCCUGAGCUGGGCUCCCCUGCUCCCCUCAGGCCUCAUCGUGUUGCUGCCUGAGCUACCCUUCACCCCCGGCCAGGCCUGGACGCUGCGGCUGGAUAGCGUGCAGUAGAUCCACCUGGAGCCCUGUAGCACCAGCAUCUGGUACUGCUGCCUCAGUCAGACUGACCUGAUGAUGGGGUACCAGCAACUAGGACGACAGGCUGGCGGCUGUGCAGGUGUGAGAGUCCUCACAUGCUCACAGGGAUCAAACAAGGAUAACAUUUGUCAGUAGUUUAAUUGUACUGCGAUGCUCUGAAUGAGUCAGAUUCAUAUUUUUAUUACUUUGUCACUCUCCCUAGUCCUUUUUGAAAAGCCUUUGAUUGUUAAUUGCGAUGUUUUAAUCAGCAGAUAGUGGUUUUAAUCAGAAGAUGGUUGUUUUAAUCAGAAGAUGGUUGUUUUAAUCAGAGGAUGGUUGUUUUAAUAAGAGGAUAGUUGUGAAUGAAGGUUUUAGGGUUAGUGGUGGUCUCACAUAGCCUGACGUUUUCUCAGAAACCUCCGUUGGGCUGUGAUUAUUGGGAGUGUUUCAACCGAACUCGUAAAACAAAUAAUGCCUCUUCGCUCAAUUGGAUAGACCUGCAACCAAUCAGAGCAACGUAAUAUGUUAACUUUUACCGCAUCCCAUAGGAAGGAGGGCAAAAACAUAUUUGAGAUCAACAAAUGCCUUGAUCGCGUUUCUCUGUUCCUCUUUCAAAAUGGAUGCGCUGUCGAUGUCUUCUAAAACAGACUCGAUGGCAGAAUCAUAACAUCUCAGCUCUCCAGCGGUAGCCAUGUUUGUUAAAAACGAAUUCAACUCAAGCGCUCUUUCGUGACGUGGUUGAUUACGUUACUGUUGAUCAUCUGUCCAUCAUCGUAUAAUGCCCGCCCUGACAAUUUGAUUGGUCUGAACAGCUCCUGUUCGGACAUAGUUUUUCCCCAACCGAGGUUCUCCAGACCCAACUUCCCGACCAAAAUGUUUUGUUCUGGGCGGGGCCAAGUUGGGCUGGCAGCCAGGCUAGGUCUCACAGACUUCACUUUAUCUUUCACUUCUCUGUGGGCAAAAUUAGAUUUUAAAAUGUUUUUGAAUUAAGAAAUUAUAUAUUUUAUUUAACAAUUUUGUAAAAUAUUUACAAUAAAAAAGCAUUUUUCAUUAA